AUGUUCAGAUUAGCCGCCCGUUCUAUUCGUGCUCCAAUUGUUAGAGCUUCAUUGAUCAAGCCAGUCAUCCGUACUUAUGCUCUUGCUCCAAUCUCCAAAGAAGAAGUUAUUUCUCGUUCAUUUGAAGCAUUGAAGACUGUUGCUGCUUUACAAGAAUCCAAACUUUCUUUAGAAGCUUCUUUCCAAAAGGAUUUAGGAUUAGAUUCAUUAGAUACUGUUGAAGCUUUGGUUGCUUUAGAAGAAGAAUUCGAUUUAGAAAUUCCUGAUAAGAUUUCUGAUGAAAUUAAGACUGUUGGUGAAGCUGUUGAAUACAUCUUCCAAGAAGAACAAAAAUUAUAA